CAUUUUCGUAAUUUGACACUACUCAACUACUACCCUCUCAUACUAAUUCUAUUUAAGAUCCAGAUUACUUCACUAUCAAUUAAAUCAUAAUGAACAACGAAAUCAAAGCAAACACAUCAACCCAACAACCUGUUCCACUCUCUACGUCAUCGGGAUGUCACCACCACCACAACCACCAUCUAUAAACACCAACACAACCACCACAGCUGAAACUUCACACCAACCCCAAUUACCAACCACACCACACUACCAAAGGAAAUAACCAAAAUGCCCCCCAAAAAAGUCCUCAUAAUCCUCAGCGACGCGACCUCCUUCCCCCUGCACAACACCUCCACCGGCACCCAAGAACAACCCACCGGCUUCUUCCUCCCGGAACUCGCCAAACCACUCUCCAAACUCCUCUCGGCCGGCCACGAAAUAACCUUCGCCUCGCCCAAGGGCCUCACCCCGCAGCCCGACCCGAACAGCGAAUCCCUCCUCACCUUCGCAGGCAACUUCUACGAGCGCCAGCGAGAACAAGACCUCAUCGCGCGCAUGCGACGCGAAAACGGCUUCUCAUCACCCCGCCCCUUCGCUAGCAUCUCCGACGAGGAACUGAAGACCUUCGCGGCGGUGUUCAUCCCCGGGGGCCAUGCGCCGCUGGUGGAUCUCGGUGGGGAUGAGGAGUUAGGACGGAUAUUACGGUAUUUUCAUCAGGAGAAUAAGCCCACGGCGGCGAUUUGUCAUGGUCCGUUGGCGUUGUUGAGUACGAGGAAGGUUGGUGAUGGGGAGUUUGUGUAUAGGGGUUAUGAGAUUACGUGUUGGAGUGAUGCGGAGGAGAAGGUUAUGGAGACGUUGUUGAGGGGGGAGAUUGAUAAGGUGGAGAGUCAAUUGAGGGAUGCGGGGGCUGUGAUGGUUGAGGGGGGAAGGGAGAAGUUGGGCAAGACGACGCUUUGUAGGGAGUUGUUGACCGGGGGGAAUCCGUUGGCGGCGGAGGAGUUGGGGGAGAGGUUUGUUAGGAUGGUUAGUGUUUAA